AUGGGGCCAGUCGUUGUGCCAAGUCAGUGUUUUCAUCCUCCCAGACAAGUCUGGUACCAAAUUAUCGACCACGGAAGGAUGAAAGGAAGCACAGUUGGACAUCUUAUUCAGUAUGAAAAUUUGGAAUGUUCGACAGUUACCGCAAUUUCAGCUGGGGAUGGGAGCGUGCACAGUGAUGCAGUGAAAGAUGAGCGGAACCAGGGUGGCUUUCACAAUCUACUGUCCGAGUUCUACGUUUCGCUGUGGGAUACGUGCCACGUCAAAAUCAUAACACGCAGGGAAAUGUCUGUCCCUUGUGAACUCAAUGCCCAUGAAGGGAACCUGAUUGAGAGCAAUAAGAGCGCACUAGUCUCACCUUCUGCCCUUUCGCUUCCUGAUCACUCAACGGAGGUCGUUCCUAAUUCUCUGAUAGCAAAUUCCGCGAGAGUGUCAGACGAGAAUGACAGUGUUCAUCAGUAUUCCAUACAAUUUUUGCCGAGGUUCAAAUAUCGACGUAAUUUCUUUCAUGAGAAGAAGCAUGUUCGUGAAGUAGCUGUCGUGAAACCUCAUGACUUGGUAACGGUUCGCGACUUCCUCAUGGAAAUAAUUGCAAGGGAGCAGCGUUAUCAGCAGAAAUUAGUGAUUCCUUGGGACUCAGUGCAGAAGCGCUAUCAAACUAUGGUGACUGAUGUUAACUCGACGGACAGGGAUCUGUUUGCUCGCUAUCAACCCAAGUUAGGGUUUUUCCCUGACUCCAUGGAUGAACAGUUGCUCGAAGUAUGGACUGGGAAAGGAUCUGUCGUGGACGUCUUUUCGUUACCGGAAUUUGAAGGGCUCGAGUGCGUGCGGGAACCGCUCCCUCCCUAUGAUCUUCUGGUGGUGGCGAGGGAAUCACAAAAGUUAUCACCGAAAACUAACACUGUAGCAGUAGGAACGGAUGAGUGUGACGGAUCAUCCGCAGGCGUGAAGCUUCAGGAGAGAACUAGGAAGAAGAAGAGGCAAAAUCAAAAGACCUUUAAAGAAGGUUGCUGCAUUCUUGACACUAGCAAUGGCUUGGAACCAGAUUGUACUGCAGAAGAAUGCCUUACACCUACUAGGCUGUGGGAUAAUACUGUCAAGAAUAUGUGUGGAUCCGCUCAUGAACCCAAGGCCGCUUGUAUUGCUCCAGAAGCAAAGGACCUUCCUAAUCCGCUUACAUUUUUUGAGCAGAGCGUGGAUGUGAGCGAUAUGAGUUCUCUAAAAAAUUGCUCAGAUUCACAAGAGUCCAAGACCCAGAACUGUGACAACCUCUCUGAAUUUUCUACAUGUUGUGAGAGUUUUCUAAGGUCUCGUGGUGUGGUGACGUCUGAAUUCCCUUCAUCUUGUUUUCAUUCGUCUACGACCACGUUAUCUUCGAGUGAAAGCCCUUCUGAAUUGAAGGAUCCGCUCUAUCGGACUUUCUGUACAACAUGCUGUGUCAGAACUGAUAAGAAUUCGCUGUCUUUCCAAAGAUGUCCUUACGAAGAAUUGCUGCUUUCCGAUCGGAUGACACUAGAGAGCGAAAAGUCAUCCAUCGGAGGAAUUCCGCAGUUGGAGUCUGCGCACUAUACACAGAAUCACUCCAUCUGCAACUUAUCUUGUCAGACGACUCCCCUGAGCGCUUCGGUAACGAGUUCCUUUGCAAGUGCUUCCCCAUCUCGCGAAGCCUCACCAACCACUUCCAUACCACCGCAGAAUAACGGUUUGGUACAGGAAUCAAGCGUGCUUGAUGAUCUUCUUUUCCCUCAGACUGAUGACACACUCAACAGUUAUCUUGAUUUCAUUCGCAAAGCUGUCGCAGUUCGUAGUUUAAACCAUGGAGCUUUACCUGAAAUGAAAGAUGUUCUCAAGGACUUACACGAAAAUGUCAGCGCGAAAUGGGUCGAUUAUGUCCUCAUGUACAUUCCAGAAGUUUCCGUGUUGCCAUACGAUGGAAAAAUAUUCAUGGUAUGGAAGGGUAAAUAA